UUUUUUUCACACAGUUAACAUGUGUCAAUUAAUUUCUUCAAACUAUAUUGCGACUGUUGUAAACGAUGUAGCGGUCGCUUGCGAUUUGAAGGAAUGGAGUUAUUUAGAAGAAAGUUUAGACGCGAAAGCUCAGAAUUAUUUCGGUGUCCUUAUUCCAAUAUCUUUAGAUGGGAAAAUAAAUAAGGAAAACGUAUCUUUAAAAGUAAUGUUGAAAUUAGCACCGACUGAUGACAGAUACCGAGUUAGCGGAGCAGUAACAGCUAUGUUUGCGCGGGAAAUAUUUGUAUACUCGAAAGUUUUUUCAAAAUAUCAAGACUUGCAAAAAUGUUUAAAAUCUCAGUAUAUACUACCUAAAUGCUAUUAUGUAUGUAAUGACUAUUGUAAGGAAGCAUUAGCAAUACAAAACAUGUGUGAAAAUGGUUAUUUACCAUUUAUUCACAGUAUGUUUUUAGAAGUUGAUCAUUUGGUAGUGUCUUUGAAAAGUCUUGCAAAGUUUCAUGCUUUGUCAUUUAUAAUGGAAAUUAAGGAAACUGAACUUUUUGAAGAGGUGAAAAACAUUUGUUUACCAUUAUCAGUAACUACCAAUAAAAGGUAUAUAGAUAUUUUAAUAGAUAGACUGGAGAAAGCUUUAUUAAAGUUUGAUAAUACCACUUAUGUGCCAUUAUUGAGAAAUUUCAAAGAGAAUUGUAGUAAAUAUAUAGAGGAUGUGUAUUCAUCUUCUGAAAAGAAUUGUCUAUGUCAUGGAGAUAUCUGGAAAGAAAACAUCCUUUAUAAAUAUGAGGAUAGCAAACCAGUGUCUGCUUGUAUAAUAGAUUAUCAGACUGCAAGAAUGAGCAGCCCUGCUUUUGAUGUAUUAUAUUUAAUAGCAAGUAGUGCCAACAGUCAACUAAGACAAAAACAUUUUGCAUCUCUUAUUCAGGUUUAUCAUAGUACAUUGUUGGAGUUUUUCAAGGAUGCCAACAUUGAUAAUGUGUAUAACCAAAGACAAUUAGGCAAAGAUUUAAAGGUAGUUGGACCCGCUUGCUUUAUAGUUGCCAAUACAGCUCUAUGGUUGUCAAGUGGAUUGCAACAAGAGGGACAUGUGCGAAGCAAGAAAGUCUUACAAACAGAACACGAGAUAGCAAUAGCCGGUGAUAAUUAUAAAAUUAUAAUAAAAGGUAUAUUAGAUGAUUUUAUUAGUUAUGGAUAUAUGCCAGAGUUGACAAACUAACAUUUCUAAAUAUAAAUGGUGCUAUGGAUACAAUUGUAAAAAUGAUCUGAUUUUAAAAAAGUUGUUACAUUUGUAAUAUUUUGUAAACAUUUUUGAGCUAUCGUUAAUAACUGUAUUUGAAAAUAUUUAUAGGUGUUACUUAAGGCAGCUACACACUUUCAGAUUUAACUGCACAUAAAACUGUCAUGUGUAUGCAAAAUUUGAAUAUUAAUUUUAAUUUGUCACUUAAACUAAACAGUUCUUAGUUUUACCUUGUAUAUUCUUUUAGUUUUAAUUGUGCACUUAGAAUGUACAGUUAAAACUGAAGGUGUGUCACAGGCUUUAUAAUUGUUAGUUUAAAGCUAGAGUUAACUGUAAUAUUUCAGCAUCCAACUGUAGUGUAGUGAUAUUUUACAUAUCCUUUUAUAGGUAUUUUUAGAUUGUAUAAAUCCAAUUUAUUUGCCAUUUUAAAAUGUUUUAAUACUUUAUGAGAAGGGAUGAAACGCAUGUAACAAGACGGAUGUUAGUUAUGAAUGUGGAGGGGUACACAGGUAGAGGUAGACCUAGGAAGAGAUGGAUGGUUUGCGUGAAAUGUGACAUGAUCAAGAAGGGAGUGAUGACUGAGAUGACAGAUGAUAGAGUUAUUUGGAGGACGAAAACCCGGUGC